UGCCGGAACGAGGCGUGUGCGCUUAAUUCUCACGUCGUCAACGGUGUGUAUGUCGCUCUUGACUUCGUCAAAGUUCCGAAAGAUGCAUUAACCGUUUGUUCAUAACAGAGAAUGUUUAUUCUGUCUGCCGCUCGUGCCUCCUCAGUGCACAUUGCCUCCCGCAACACUCGGGCAGCAUCUGCAAUUGCGACCAAGUAUGCUCAGGCUGCCUAUGGCGCCGCCCUGAAAAAGUCGCCCCAAACCCUUGACGCGGUUCAAAAAGAGCUUUCUGCUAUUGGAGCUGCUAUCAAGAAGGAUGAGAAGCUCGCUUCAUUUGUUCACAAUCCUACCUUGACCGCUAAGGAUCGUCAGGCCGGUUUACAACUUUUGUUCCAAACGGCUGCAGCUAGCGGUGCGAAGAAAGUUGAGGUUUCGGAUAUCACAAAGAACCUAUUUUCGGUUUUGGCUGAAAACGGGCGAUUAGUUGAAGUGCAGGAUGUCAUUGCUGGAUUCGACGGGUUGGUGGGGAAGUACAAGGGUGAACUUGAAGUUGUGGUCACAUCCGCCGCUCCGCUGCCCAGAGAUGUUCUUACGCGCUUAGAGACUGCGUUGAAGUCUUCUGUCACGGCCCAGCAGGCCAAAUCGGUCAAGAUCACGAACAAGGUCAAGCCGUCACUCAUUGGUGGAUUAGUUGUUGAUUUUGGCGACAAGUCUGUUGACCUUAGCGUUUCCUCCCGAGUCAAUAAAAUAAACAACUUGCUUCAAGGCAAGUUCCUCCUUAGAGUCGGUUAG